GCCCAAUAAGGGCUAAAUCUGCAGGGAUGCAAUUUCCAUUUUUUAAGACAAGAAGAAAUAAAUGUUCUCGAGUAGCAAUAGACCCGAGCACCAGCCUAGCAGGCCUUUGAACAUUGCUGUGAGUACUUCUCAGCUGCUCUUCACACAGGUCUGACCACAGAAAAUGUCAGGCUUCAGUUACCUCAUUAAACACAGAUGCAAAUAGCAACGCUACUUGCAAGGAUACAUCUCCCUUUAGUGUUCCCAGGUGCUCCUGGCCAGCAGGAAGGCAGUGACUGCCGCAGCCCAGCCAGGGAGGCAAGCUGGGUUAUAAAUGCACAGCGAGCACCAGUGCUGGGUGUGGAGUGUGGGGGUGAGGCUUUAGCAGCCUGUGCAGAAAUAAAUCUGCAGAAAAUGUGUUUGUGCCUUGCUGAAUUAAGGAGCAACCAGUCCAGCUAUUUGCUGCCUCUUCGCUGGGAUUUUUAUGCUUACUCAGGACUCUUCCCUCACCUGCCCAUGCAGUCUCUCGGGCUGAGGUGGGUGCUCAGCGAGCUGACUUUCAUCCGGAGCCUGCACCGCUCCUGGAGGUGCCAGGCAUCCUCCGCUCCCGUUGACUUCAGCCCGCAGGAAUGCGUGGCAGGCCCUGCCUUGCACGUCAGCCAGGAAGCGGCCAGCCAAAUGAGACGUUCCUGGCUUGUUUUCCUAGAAAAAUGGAGCCUUGUGGAUUGGCGGUGGAUGAGAAUGUGGGUAUGUGUGGCUGUGCCUGUCUGUGCACCCCCGCACCUUGUGAAGCCAGUUUGGUGGGGAGGAAAAGCACCCAGAAUUUUAAAUAUCCAGAAACUUUUAUGAAAAUGGGAGGCUAGCCCCGAAAAGGAGACCCUGCGAGCCCCUUCCUGGUAGGAAUGAUGCAACGUGCCUUCGUGAAUCUACUUUGACUGGAAAAGCAGGCGCCAGCCUCAGCGAUGCCUUCCUCAGGCUGGUGGUGUGAUGGUCUCAGCCACCUCCACCGCGCUCCUGCUGCGGCACUGCAGGUGCUGCGAGACCCCCGUGAGCACCACCGCCCCCAAAGCGGUCCCACAGCAGCGUCCUGUCCCCAGGGCCUCUCCCCCUGCCUGGCCCCUCACACCUUGUCCUCAGGGGUGGUCCCCAGUCUGUGCUGGCAGCCGGUGCCUUUAAAAGGGAAGCAACUCGUCCUCUUUAGCUUAUGAGAUCAGAAACAGGAGGAUACUUUUCCCCUGGGGUGAGGACAGCGAUGGAGGCAGGCUGCCGGGCAGUCUCGUGCGGCAGGGAGCUGUGGCAGCCGCUCUGCAUGGUGCUGGGUCCCUGUGGCUGGCAGCUCAGCGCAGCCAGGCCGGUACUGCUGAUGCUGCUGUGGGGAAGCUGUGCUCCGUCUGCUUGGCAGGGGAUGGAAAAAAACACAUUUUGCAAUGGGUGACGGAAUUAAGCUCCGUCUGUCAGGACAGGUGCAGCGGUUGCAGUGCUGCUUGCCGUGCCCUGCUGGGAAUGCCAAACCCCGCUGUGCCCGGCUGCCACGUGGCGCUGGGAGAAGUCCCUGCUCAGUGCUGCUGUGCCACCAACCAUGGUGCUGCUGCCGGUCCCUCUGCAGCCUGGGGACAGCGGGGAGCAGCUAAAGGGAGCCCGGGGGCUGGAAUGAGCUGCGAGCACAUGAAUUCAUGGUUCUCAGGCCAAGAGCUGAGAACCAGCCUUGGCUGGGUAGCCCACGCUGAUGUGCAGGGCUCUGGCUCUGCUGCUUGGCAUCUGCAUUUCUGCUUCCACAGGGGCUUAUCUCAAAGCCUGAGCUGCUGGCUAACAGGCAUUCUGCACCCACCAGCUGAAGGAGGAGAGGCUGUGGCUGCUCUCUGUACGGAUGUUAGGAGGUAAAUCUUCCAAAGGAGGAGUGCUGUUACACUGGAGAACUGUGUGCAAGCACAAAUGUGCACCAAUUGGCUGCUAAUAAACCUAGUCGAGAAACCAGAAUAUUCCUAACCAUGCAGUGAGCAAGGGUCUGAAACAGCCUCUGACAGAGCCGCAGGGCCAGAGCCUGCGGGUGCUCCUGCCUGCUCAGCUCCCCACGGCGUGGUGCUGCGGUACGGGGGCAGCGCAGGCACCACGGGGUCUGGAGCCCCCCAGGAGCGAGGUCUGGGGCCAGCCCUGGCCGUGCAGGCUGCCUGCUCCGUGCUGCCCGCAGGGUGCCUGGGGACGGGCUGCCCCUGCUGCGGGGAGACACAGAGUAGCAGAAAGGAGGAAAGCUUCCUUCUGCUAACACACAAUUAUGGUUAAUGUGGCAUGCUGAUAUUUCCUCGUAUUCACCACCACUUUUACUGUGGUAAUGCCACUAUCUCCUCACCAUUAGGUCUCACAACUGCUUUGUGAUUCCUUCCCUUUCUCUUUGUGCAGCCAGGAGGUGUCUAAGUGCUGGUGAGUUUUUCCCAGCAUUUAUAUUAAAAAAUAAUUUUCCACAGGCUAGCAGCAAGUAGCUCUGUCUGUGACUUCAUGCAGUAUCUUGUCUCUCCUGCUUUUACUUCAUCUCUUCAGCACACACACACAGGGCCCUCUUCAACUCCAUUAAAUUAUUGGCUAAAAUUAUCUUCUUGACCUUCUGAUCUGAACCUUUCUGCUUGCUACUCCCACACUGAAACAAGUUUAAUGCUUGUGUCCUUCCAAGCUUCUACCUUGCUCCUUUGCUUCCUUCGUAUCUGCCCUGCCCUCUGCUCCAUGCCUGCCUGCUCCAUGGCCCUCUGGCCUCUCUUUGUGUCUGCCAAAGCUGGCUCGGGCCCUUUUGUGUCCCCUCUCUGCCUUACCGUAAGGAGCCGAUGUUGUGCUCAGAGUAAUGCGACCAGUGGGGCAGGGCUGUGGCAUUCCGGCACUGCAGUAGCUGAAGCCGUGAGGCCUUUCCACAUCCCUGCAUGUUGCCUGCCCGGUGCUUGCACAAGGACGGGCACUGCAGUGCUUGCUGUAAGGAAAUAAAAAUGGGCAAAGCACAACAAAACAUUUUUCAGCAAAAUGUGCAGGUGGAAACAUGUCCUCGCAUUGUUGCAGGGCAGUUCGCUCUUGCUUUUCUAUCUGUCCUAGUUUGUACAUACCCGGCCUUGUUGCAAUAGAUCUAAACCAGCAUGUUACACUCCUUAGGGCAAGGGCUGUCCAUCUCUUUGUUCUGCAAAGCCAGCACGCUUCCAACAAUCAGUUAAUGUUUCUUGACGUGGAGAGGAGGAUGAAGACAGGGUGCAUGCUUGAAAGACAGAUGUCAUUAGAAUUCAUUGGAAAAAAGGCUGAAGUAAAGCACAGUGCGGUGAUAACCCAGAUCACGAAACAAUGAUUUCACUGCUGUAUGCAAAAUCGCUGUUACAUCUUUGGUGAGGACUGACUGGCUGCGGGAGACAAGCCCGGGCUGAUGCAGGAGAGCAGAGCGAGCGCUGCUGAGCGAGUCCCGCUGUGCUCCAUCCUGUCCCAUCCCUGCCCUGCUCCCGGCUCUGUGCCGAGCGCUGCCUCCCUCAGCACUGCUGUGGUGCUCCCCUGCAGGAGCGAGGCUGAUGCGGCCUCAAAACCUCUGCCUGGAAAGCCCCAGCCGGGCACACGCGGGGUGGGAAGGUUGGGGAGUGCGGCCCAGGCAGCCGCAGGCGGCUUGGAGCCAGAGGAAAGCUGUGUGAUACUGCUCCAAGGAUGGGAUUGUUCUAACACGAAAAUUACAGGGCCGUGGCAGGUUUGCUGUGUUGUGACAGCACCUGUAAGUAACUGUGUGUCCUGGAAGCCACUUUGCUCGUCUAGCAAACGUAGCUUGUGACUGUGGUGCUCUCAUUGCUGCUUUCAACUUCUUUUCCUGUUUGAUUGUUCCCUUAAUCAAAAGAAAAUGAACACCAAUUAAGCUAUCUUACAAAGUGUGAUUUGUGUCAAUUAAGACUGCUGGUGUGCCUUUGAAAAGCAGUGAUGCUGAGGCCUGGUUCACGCAGGACAUGUAAGAGAAAGGGGUGGAUCAAGCUUCUCGAGUAAAUGCAGAAAGAGCUGAGCUUGAUUAAUGCAAAUCAAGGUGUUCUUAUAAAGUGAGAUCCUCCCGUUUGAGAUAGGACGGCAGCCUGACGUGAACAUUACAGAAAUGUUUUGGAAAUGCACAGGGUGUGUCCGGGGCUGUGUGUUUAUGGGCAUGUUCGUGCAGGUUCCCUCUGCAGAGCGCAGCCCUCGCACAGCCCCAGGCACCGCGGGGCAGCGCCUGCCCCAGCACGGCCCGGCCGGCACAGGAGGGCUGCUGCAGGAGGCUUCUGCCAAGGGCCGAGCGUGUGCUCCGUGUUUAACAACAAACACGCUUCUGAACGGCCUGCCUAGUGGGUCAUGAACAGGAAUUAAAUGAAGUGUUGGCAUUUGAAAGAAGAGAGAUUUGAAGUAUUGCUGUGUGUACCUGAUCAACCAGGUAUUAGAAGAUCUUGAAAAGCCUGCCAGCAGUUGCUUUAUGGGCGCAUGUUGCAUGAAGCACUCUUCGUUUUUCCCCUCAGAAGGAGAGGGGCACGGUGACCGAGCACCUCCUUCAGCAGCAGGGUGUCAGCCGCGGGCGGGGGGCUCCUGUGCGCUCAGAGGGGAGCUGUGCGUGGGGCACGCGGCUGCACCAGCACCAGGGAAAUGCGGCCCCGCGGGGUGCUGGAGGAGGCCGGGGAGCUGUGAACCCCACGGGGUGCUGGAGGAGGCCGUGUGCCCGCAGCACGGCUCAGAGCUUCCUGCCCAGCAGCUGGGCCCCUGCAGCCCCGUGCUGCCUGUCCCUGGGCAGAGCAGUGACCCAGUGGGGCGGCCACGGGGGUUGCUCCUGGUGCACGGGGCUGUGAGGAGCAGGGGCUGUGCCGCUGGCCUCUCUCAGGAGGCAGCUGGCUUUCAGAAAUUAAAAGCGAACCAGAACGGUCAAAAGGCCUGGAAAGCCAGCAAGAAUUACAAAUAGGGAUUGAAAGCUAAAGAGAGAGAAAAUCUUAAUUAGAUCUCCACCAACCUGUAGAGAAACACAUUUGGAUUAAAAUGAAAUGGAGCUUUGUACUCUCUGGGUUUCCGAGCAAGAAUGGAAGAGGAAUUAUUCACAAUUGCUAUUUGUGAAGCUGGAUUGCUUUUUCUGUGAACUUGUCUUUUUAAAUUUUCACCUUGUCAGAAAACGGUGAAAAGCUGCUGGGAUGGUGUAUUUGGGAUAGUUCUUAUCACAGGACACGGCAGAAACAUUUCCAUGGCUGCAGAACACAGGCAGGGUUUCCCAUUUAAUCCUCUGCUCCCCACGGUAACUCCAUUUCUCAUUUCGUAGGCCAGCCUGUCCACCAUUCAGUAGAGUUCAGCAAAACUUGCCUUCAAUUUCAGCACCACAGAUAUUUUCUCUUUGUGAAUAUCUAUCAAUAUUUAAUACAGUGGUGUCGGUUUUGCCGUAAGAUGAGAGGAACUACUAGCAACCUUGAAUUAUACAUGGUGUGUCUGGGGGAAGCUGCGGAGGGUUUUCUUUUGGGCCCAAAGCUCUUCCAGUUGAUCUCCAGGACCUGCGACUUGAAAUCGUAAUCAUGGAUGAGCACCAGAAGAAGCUCAACCAAAGGACAGAGGGAAGGCCCCGCAAAGUGAGGUUCAAAAUAUCAUCGUCCUACAGCGGUCGAGUGCUGAAACAAGUCUACGAGGACGGGCAGGAGCUGGAGCCCCCGGCCAAAGAGCAGUCCCGGCGUUUCCUCCGGCACAGCUUCGAGCCAGGGGAACCGCCCGUGCAUGGAGGGGACGCGGCAGAAGGCAGGCUGUGCCCGCCAGCCAAGCUGAGUGCCCAGCGGAUCAGCAUAUUCAAAGAGGAUCAGAAAUACAGCCUCGCCAGCACCUCGCCUCUCUUCAGCAACUGCCCCCCCAGUGCCGGCCACUGCAGGGCUUCCCCAGUCAUAGAUUUUGGUAAGAUCAUCAUCUACACAAAUAACCUGAAAAUCAUCCGUGCACCGAUGGACCAGAAAGAGCUCAUGAGAAGAAUCAUCCAGACUGAGGGAAUAAAUGACUGGGCCUUCAUAUACCACGAAAGGAAAGACAGAAUUGGCACUGGACAUAAAAAAGAGGUGGAGAAAAAGGUUGCCUGCAACCAGUAUAUGCAGGAAGGAGAUGCUGAACACGCUUGUUCCCAGUGUAAAGGAUCAGGCUCUGCUCCUUGCUCGCUGUGCCAUGGAAGCAAGUUUUCAAUGCUAGCAAACAGAUUCAGAGAGUCCUACAGGGCUCUCCGAUGCCCAGCUUGCAAUGAAAGCGGCGUGCAGCCCUGCCAGAUCUGUGCCGCAUGACCAGAGCUGCAGCAGUCCACAAGCACUGCACCGAUACUUUGUGGAGAACUUUGAAUUAUUUCAUCUUCAAGCAGCCUUGCUCUAACAGAAAGUUUUUUAAAGAUGAGAAAGGCGCCUUACACACGUCUCCACCGUAAUGCGAACACAGCACCUCUGCUACCAGCUGUUCCUCUUGUUUGUUACACACAUCUGUCCAGCUUUUUAAUCAGCCCAGACCCUGCUUUGCAAACAUGCUGCUUGUAGCCCUGUGGGGUGAACACAUCCAGGCUGCUACAUGACAAGAUCUGCGUAAAUGUCUCCUGCAUCAGGAGCUCGGCCUGGGUCUGCUGGCACUGCCCGUCAGCGCUGCUGGGAGCCGGAUCCCCCCAGCAGGCACCGUGGUAGCGCAACAAAAAGCAGCAGAAAUAGGCGCAGGUUGGGCACGUCGUUAACAGUCAGGGUGUGAAGUGUGUUUGUAUGACAGCAGGGCAGAACCAGAGUGGUGCCUCCGCUGGGUUUUAAUGUGCUGAACAUUUUAACAUUACACCAUCUUUUGCGAUUAACUCUGAACUUGCCUUGCAGUGUCACAAGUGCUUCCCGAAGAUUUUGCUGAUUCUUACAUCUGCUUUUAUGGACACAGUGAUUCCUGUGGGGUCUGAUUUAUGGGGGAAAACUGAAAACUCUUCCCAAAUCUGGAGCUAUUAAAAUGCACAGUAAUUUAUUAUUAUAAAUAGAAGCUAAUGAGUUUUUGGCCUACUUAUGAGGAAGUGCUGAACUAAAAUUCCCCUCUCCAAUGCUCAGCACUUUUCAGGAUCAGGCUGGUGGUGAGCAGGAUUUUUGUUGCUUAAUAUUAAUCCCAUGUUGUAAUCUGCAAGAGGUAAACUCUAAUUAGUUGAGGUGAAGCAAUGAUGCUGAAUACUUUGCAGGCUGCCACUGGUGGUGCAGAACACAAGGGCUUCAAAAGCUGGAGGCAAACGGGGGAAACGUCUUUUUUUUUUUUUUUUCUUUCCUCCCUCCCCAUAGCCUUAAAUCAUUACAUUUCAUAUUCAUGAGUAAUGGUAAUGCAGCCUUAACUUGCAUAUUACCGCUGAGACUGAGGAGUUAAGAGGCUGCUCGCGCGUUCUCGGUGCUGAGGCUGCACGCCGUGGCAGGGCGUUUAUGGCCAAGUUUCUGCUUCUCUAUGGGAGGCUAUAAAACCUCUCCCCAGUACUGGAAUCACUAGAAAUAACGCCCUUUUAGCUCUUAGACUUCCACGUGUCUCCUACUGAAAUUUUUCAGUGGGUACCAGGGGUUUAAUUACAAAUAAACACAAAUGUAGCCUGAUACCGGAUUCGCUUCGUUUAUCCGCCAGGCUCUGUGUGUACCCAGCCAGCAGCCCCCCCCCCAGGCGGCUCCCCCCCGGCGGGCCCGUCUGAUCGCUGCCGCUCUCGUUUAGAACUUGGGCAGCCCCAGAUAAGGAGGAGGCGAGCAGGCAGUGCUGCUGCCCGGUACUUCCAUGUUUACAGUAACACCAGGCGCACACACGCGUUUAGGCAGCGUGUU